AUGAACACACAGAACGGAGCCUCUCCGCGCUCCCUCUCCUCUGCUCUCUUCUUCGGCGGAGGAAUCGCUUUAUCUCCCCUCUCCCCCUUUUCCGUGUUACUGUGUUUCUUCUCGCGGUUUGUCUCAGCGCUGGCGCCUGUCUCGGGGAGCGGCCGAGGUCCUUUCUGCGCUUGUCGCGGUGGCUUCCCGCUGAGAUUUGAUGAAAAGGAGAAUGUAUCAAACUGUAUCCAGCUGAAGACUUCAGUUAUUAAAGGUAUUAAGAAUCAACUGAUAGAUCAGUUUCCUGUUAUUGAACCAUGGCUAAACCAGAUUAUGCCAAAGAAAGACCCUGUCAAAAUAGUAAGAUGUCAUGAACAUAUAGAAAUCCUCACUGUGAAUGGGGAGUUGCUGUUCUUCAGGCAGAGAGAAGGGAUUUUUUACCCAACCCUAAGGUUACUCCACAAAUAUCCAUUUAUUCUACCACAUCAGCAGGUUGAUAAAGGAGCCAUUAAAUUUGUACUAAGUGGAGCUAAUAUAAUGUGCCCUGGCCUGACAUCUCCUGGAGCAAAACUUUACCCUGCUGCUGUUGAUACUGUUGUUGCGAUAAUGGCAGAGGGAAAACAGCACGCACUGUGUGUGGGAGUAAUGAAGAUGUCAGCUGAGGACAUUGAGAAGGUCAACAAAGGGAUUGGCAUCGAAAAUAUCCAUUAUUUAAAUGAUGGCCUUUGGCAUAUGAAGACAUACAAAUGAAACAAAAGGAACUGUGUUACUCCAAAGGAAUGCACUUAGAUUAAAUGUGGACUGCUUUGUAAUUCCUUCUGUUUUUAAUGUGACUGAAUGUACAAAUUAUUUUGUUCUGUGGCUAUGCUAAAUAAAUCAAGUGAAUGCGAAAGUA